AUGUGCACAGUACAUAAACAUCGAUCAAAAUCCCUAAAUCUACUCACACACUACACGAAAAUGCGUUGUCUUCUCUACCUUCUUGUAACACUUCUUGUUGUCACGGUAAUAUCUGCAAGUGCUGGGGUACUAAAAGGAGGCACGGAUCCUCCAGCUGAAUUCGUUGCCAAAGCAGAAGGAGGAAGAAGAGAAGAUGCUGGACUAGUUAAAUCAGAUUCCACAGCCUCCACUGAAUUGGAAGUUGGUACUCGUGAAAUCUGCAGAGGCCCUGUGGUCUCUGGUCCAUUAAGUACAUGCCCACUUCGUGUCACCGGAACGAAUUGA